AGUUUUCAUUCAGCCUCGCUUUAUAACACGUGUUUAGAUACCCCAACCAAUCUAUUGAUAGAUAACGCCACAAAUUGUUAAUUUUUUUUUAGCUUUAUUGGUCAAUAGGUUGAAAGAAAAAUGUUGGAUUUGUCUACUUUGGAUACCAGGGCUGUAUUUUGUUUGGGAACAACUUUUGGUAUUGGUGUAGGAUUGUGCAUAUCCUACUUCACCAGUUCAAAAAGAAAACAACCAGAAAAGUCAACUGAAGACGAGAUAUCUAAAUAUUGCGAUACCGUUUCGUCCGAUCUAAAAUGUGUUAUCGUUGUUAGAAUGGACUUGAAAAUGGGUAAAGGAAAGAUUGCCGCCCAAUGCGGACAUUCAGUUGCAAUGAUGAUGAGACGUGCAAGUAAAUAUAUUCCAAAAAUAUUGGAAAAGUACGAAAAGUAUGGACAGAUGAAGGUUGUUGUAAAGGUUGACGACGAGGAUGGGCUUGAUGAAAUUGUCAAUAAGGCAUUAGAGAAGAGACUUUUAACUAAUGUUGUCCAUGACUCAGGGAGAACACAAAUUGCUGCUGGGUCAAAAACUGUAUGCUGUAUUGGUCCUGGAAAUAGUCAAACUAUUGAUUUGGUUACUGGACAUUUGAAACUUUUAUAA